AUGAGCGAUUCAUCCGAUGGGGAAGAUUCCUCUGGGGGGGUAACCCACAAGGGUGACGAGUGCAGGAAGAAAAGGAGAAGGAGAGAAGGGGGGAGAUCCAGGGAGAGGAGGGGCACCAGCAGGGGCAGGCGCGCGAAGAGGGGGGCAUCCUCCUCAUCAGCGUCGUCAGCGGCGUCAUCUGCCUCCUCAUCUGCCGCUUCACCUGCCUCCUCAUCUGCCGCUUCACCUGCCUCCUCAUCUGCCUCUUCACCUGCCACCUCCUCGGCCGCCCGAUCGGGGAGCUCCCCCGAUGAAUCUCCCAACUCCGUGUCGUCUUCGCCAAGCGAGCGACGCAGGGGGAAGAGGCGCAGUGGAAGAAGUGGAAGACGUGGAAGCAGCGAAAGAAGCGAACGCAGCGAAAGAAGCGAACGCAGCGAAAGAAGCGAAAGAAGCGAAAGCAGCGAACGAAGCUACUCCCACCGCAGCAGUGAAGAGCGGGUGCGGGAGAAGGCCAAGCGAAGGAAGUCCCACCGAAAAGGGAAAGACGGAAGGAAGAGCAAACGGAAGCAGACUGAUACUGAUGUGCCCGCCCCCCCGUGCAGAAACACCCUCACCGUUAAGGAACUUAAGAAGGAGAGGGAAAACCUGAUGCAGAAGCAUUUCAACUACACAGACGAGUGCAACCCGUUCGGAGACAACUCUCUCUCCACGCCAUUCGUGUGGAAGCUAAAAAAUAAGUACGAGCAGAUUAAGCAUGACCGCAAGGUGAAGGUAACCACAACGAGUCUGCUGCAGAACUCUCUCUCGAAAAUAAGCGAAAUUGAGGAGGUAAAGAAGAGGAGACAAGAGAGAGACAACGAGAGGGCCUUGCUGGAGGACUACCGUCUGCAGCUAGAAAAGCAGAGGAACCAAAUUAACAUUAAAGAGUACCUACAGAAGGAGCAACUCUUUUUCAUCAAUCAGCAAAUUAAAUCAUCGGACAGUAGAAUCGACCACAACCUUCUGCAGCUGCCUGACGUGUUCAGGUUGGCUGCGAAGAUUGUUAAUCGGGAGCAGGUGAAGAGGGUGCGUCCGGCGCUCUACCGCGUUCCGUUUCAUGUCCUCUUGGAGGGCCAAACCGAGCGGGAGCUGGAAAACUGCGCGAAGCAAAUAAAGCUGCUGCUGCAGCAUGACGAGCUGGAGAAUGGGGGCAAGUUUAGACGCUACUGGGAGUCCCUCCUCUUCUUCUGCGAGCACUACCUGGGUCAGUUACACCACAAGGAGCAGCCCGCCUCCGAAGCGGAAGAACGCGAAGUGAAGAACGUACUUAGCAAAACGGAGAGGCAAAUACAAGCCUUCCUCGAACACAAAAACUACGACGAGUUAGUUACAUAUGAAGAGAAGAUUAAAGAAAAAGUCGUUUCGCAAUGUGAGGAGGUGACCGAUCAAGUGUAUUGGAAUCGCGUCCUCCUGAAGAUCCCCUUCUUUAAGGCGAAGAACGUGCUCGUCCAUUUCCAUGCCAAGCUGCGCAAGAGGAUUAGCCUCACCGGCGCCCACUCGGAGGACAGCGACAGCCAAGCGGAGAAGGCGCCUCGCCGCGAGCACCCCGCCGAAGAGGACGAAGCUAGAGGAAAGGCGGCAACCACCCUGCCGUUUGAGUGCCACAGCCCGCAGCUGAUCCACCCGGAGAGCCUCACCCAAAUGGGAAUCCCAGCCGAAGCGCGCAUCUACACAGCGGAGGAGGAGCUGCAGGAGAGGGGCCAACUGAACGAGGACAUUUGGUGCACAUUGAGGAGGCAGGGCGGAGGGAAGUCAAGCAGUGGGGGAAACAGUGGGGCAAACAGUGGAGACGGCGCAGGGCACUUCCACACCGCCCAGGCCGACGCGCACAACUCCGCGGAGCAGGCCCUCCUCAAGAAGCUUUUCACGAAAGACCAAGAGGUGUAUAACCACUUCGUGCAGAGGGAGAAGAGGAAAGGCCGCGUGGGCGAAAUAACAAUGAAGGACGUAUCGCACCAUCACCACAGCGCAGGCCACUCAUCCCUGCCCAACCAUUUAAGGAGCAACCUGCCGGUGUCCCCCUCCUCCCUCCUCAUAACCAGGAAGCCUCUCUACUUCAAUCGAAUCAAAACGUCCUUCGACUGGAACAAAUAUAAUAAGACGCAUUAUGAUUAUGAAAAUACCCCCCCCAAGUAUAUUUGCGGCUAUAAAUUUAAUAUAUUUUAUUUAAAUUUGCUUAAUAAGAAGGAGAAGCCGUCGUGGAAGCUCCACCCUACCGAUGAUGAGAGUAAAGUGCUAAUCGUUUUCCACGGAGGACCUCCCUACCUUGAUAUAGCCUUUCAAAUUGUUAACGCGGAGUGGUCGUACGACAAGCACAGGGGCUUCCGCAACGUCUUUGAUAGGGGCAUUCUCCAGCUGUACUUUAACUUUAAGAAGAAGCGGUACCGCCGCUGA